CGUCCACUCGACAGACAGACAAACACGCGGCAGUUGACUCAGGAUAUAUGUUAGUGGAAUAAUUUAAUGUACAAUGAUGUAUCUCAAUUGAGUAUUUUGCUCACUAACAUUGCAUUACGCAACAGACCAGAGUCAUCGUGAUCGUUGAUGAUAAAAAAAUGUGCUUAUAAAUUGAUAAAGCGGAGUCAUAUAAGCCUCAAUCAUAGUGAGAUCGCCACAGAACUGCUAACGUGAGGGAGAGUGUCAGCAAUGAUAGCAGUGGUAUUUGCAUUGGUGGUGCUGGCAUUAGCUGCUUACAUAUUCAACAGUGUCAGAAAACCGAAAAACUUUCCACCAGGUCCAGAAUGGAUACCAUUUUUUGGAUGCAGCAGUGUCGUUCAAAAUGUGACUAGAAAAUAUGGUUCGCAAUGGAAGGGAUUUUCGGAACUAGCUAAACAGUACUCCACGGAUGUGUUGGGCUUGAAACUAGGAAGUGAAUUAGUUGUGGUCGUUUCCGGUGACAAAAACAUACGACAGGUGUUCACUGAAAAGGAGUUCGAGGGAAGGCCCGACAGCUUCUUUAUUAGGCUAAGGUGCCUUGGAAACCGUAUGGGUAUAACCUUCACUGAUGGGCCAUUAUGGAGGGAGCACAGGCAGUUUACAGUGAAAAGAUUAAAAAAUGUGGGUUUUGGUAAAACUGUAAUGGAGAAAGAAAUCCAAAAUGAAUUGCAGAAUAUAGUUGGCAGUAUAGAAGAAAAUGGCAAUCAACCAAUGAAUCCUAGAAAUAUGUUGGCAUCUGCUGUUAUGAACACAUUAUGGAAAUAUGCUGCAGGUGAAAAAAUCGAAGAAGACCGAUUAAAACUUCUCUUGAAAUUGCUCAGCGAGCGGUCAAAAGCGUUUUCCAUGGCUGGGGGCUGGUUGAACCAAGCACCGUGGAUACGGUUUUUAGCUCCAGAACUUAGUGGAUACGACCUUAUUAAGAGUAUAAACGAACAGCUUUCUAGCAUCAUUGAGGAAGCGAUUGAAAAGCACAAGAGUAAAAAAGUGGAAGGGGACGACUUCAUUUAUUCGUUUUUGAAUGAAAUGCAAGAGAAGAAGGAUUCGUUUACUGAAAUGCAGCUUAAGACGGUUUGUUUAGAUUUACUCAUAGCAGGCUCACAAACAACCAGCAAUGUAUUGGAAUUUUCUCUGUUAACAUUACUGCGCAACCAGAAACUGCAAGAGCGAAUAUUCAAUGAAAUCGAUAAUGCCAUUGGCAAUGAAACUCCAUGUUGGGCCGACAGUGAACGAUUGGUUUUCACUUCUGCGUUUUUAUUGGAAAUACAACGCUACUAUACAAUAGUGCCGCUUGCUGGACCUCGUCGGGUGCUAGCCAAUACAAAUAUUGAUGGUUAUUCUGUACCAAAGGAAUGUACAGUUUUAAUAGCUCUCAGAGAUUUGCACUUCGACCCUAGGAUUUGGGAUAAGCCUAAUGACUUCAACCCAGAACGUUUUAUAGAUGAAAGGGGAACACUCAAAAAUAUAGAGCACCUGUACCCGUUCGGACUAGGUCGACGACGGUGCCCAGGAGAUGCGUUAGCGAAAUCAUUUAUUUUUAUAAUUUUCGUCGGAAUAGUUCAGAAAUACAAAAUUUGUUUGAGCAACGGAACGCUGCCUUCCGCUGAACCAGUAUUCGGUCUCAUAUCUGCACCAAAUGCUUUUAGCGCCAAUUUUAUUCCAAGGAAGCAAACGUUGUAAAGUUGUCAUGUACAACAUAAACAAUUUGAAUUGUUAUUUAUGGUUUAAAUAAAACCACAAUUGAAAAAUAAUUUGUUAUUGAUAUCGAUUGUGGAAACAUAAAUUAAAAUGUUUUUGCUGUUAAA